AUGAAGUUGACGGCCCUUCUUCUUCUGCUGGCUGCAGUUUCGGCAGUUCGAAGCGCUGAGAUUUUGGCAACCUAUGCGGAUGGGGUUUUCAGUCACAUGUACAGCAUGUAUCCGUAUUUGGAGAGGUAAAAAUUUUUUUUUGGAAAAAAAUAGAAAAAAAAAUUUGAGUUUUGCCUUGAAAUUUUCAGAUUAUAAUAAGCCUAAUGCAAAAAAUAAAUGUUCAAAAAAUCGUUUUUCUCUGAGUAAAAUAAAAAAAGUUAUAGUCAAAAAAAAGAUUUUUCUCUGACCGACUCCUCGUUUUUCAUGGUCUCUCUCGCAAAGAGAUCGUUGAAUAUCUCGGCUCUUCUGACAAGGAUCUGGCCAAAACUUUCAGCAGUUAAUAAAUGGUAUUUGUAGAAGGCCCAUGAAAAAUUUGAAAAAAAUCGAUGUAACUUUGGCUACUCUAUGAUAUUUUUUCGAAAUAUUGAAGUAUAGCUUCAAAAAAAAUUUUGUUUAUAGAUGGACAGCUGAAAUUAUCAGGGAUUAAUCUAAGGCCUAUGUCCAGUGUAUUUACAAAAUUUCAAAGAAAUCCGGCCAUUACAUUUUUAGUACUGCCUUUCCCAAAAAAUUUCUUCCAAAAGUCAUCAAAAUCCUCAAAACUUCCCGAAAAAGCCUUUUUUCAGCCUCGCCGAUGCUGGUCACAACGUGACCAUCUUCCAUACGGGCGUUGAAAAACCCCCGACCUUCAAGCACAAGAAUAUUUUUCAAAUGGAAAUUCGUCGGGUCAAUGAGACGAGUGUUGUGAACCAGAUGAAAACAAUCUUCUGGCAAAUGAGCUCCCAUUCUGAUGAGCCGCCAAUGAUCACUUUUGGGCAUGAAGUGGUUCUAAAGAAGGAAAUUGACGAGUAUUCGGAGGAUGUAAGUUAUUUUGAGGUUGAUCACAUUUGACACUUUUGAAAAGUAUCAUGGAUCACUUUUGAUACUUUUUGAGGUUUUUGUGUAAAAAGAAAAAUAAAUAACAACCCGAGUAUUAUCCGGUCGUAUUUUACAAUUUCAAUAAAUAUUUAGUAGGAAAAAUUUGGAAAAAUUUAAAUUUCCGCCAUUUUUCAAACUUUCUGGCAUUCUGUUUCAACCGUUCAAAAACUAGUUUUUCUACUAAAUUUCAACGUUAUUUUAAAAUUUAUUAAAAUCCAUACGUGAUUAUUUUGAUAUAACACUUGAUGCUUUUGAAAAGUAUCAUGGAUCACUUUUGAUACUUUUUGGGGUUUUUUGUGUAAAAAGGUAAAUAAAUAACAAGCAUUGGUUUUGUAAACGUAUUUUACAAUUUCAGCAAAUAUUUGGCAUAAAAAAAAUGGAAAAUUUAAAUUCCCGCCAUUUUUCAAACUUUUUGGCAUUUUGUUUUAACCUUUCAGAAAUGAAUUUUUAACACAAAUGUAACAUUAUUCUAAAGUUUAUUAAAAUCCAUACGUGAUUCCUGUUGAUAUAACACUUGAUACUUUUGAAAAGUAUCAUGGAUCACUCUUGAUACUUUUUGAGGUUUUUGGGUAAAAAAAGGUACAUAAAUAAUAGGCCAGAGCAUACCCAAACGUAUUUUACAAUUUCAGCAAAUAUUUGGCAGGAAAAAAACGGAAAAGUUUAAAUUCCCGCCAUUUUUCAAACCUUUUGGCGUUCUGUUUCAACCGUCCAGGAAUGAAUUUUUCAACAGAAUUUCAACGUUAUUUUAAAAUUUAUAGAAAAAAUGCGUGAUCCCUUUUGAUAGUUUCAAAAAGUAUCAAGGAUACCGUUUGAUACUUUUUGAUACUUUUCAUAUAUUUGACUCAAAAAUUAGGUAAACAUAGACGAACGAUACGUAUUUUACGCUUCUCCGAAUUCACAACUCCUGUUUUCCCCAAAAGAUUUUACUGUGUUUGUUUAAAACCCCCAUUUUUCUCAAAAAAUCCCAUUUUCAGCUGAUAUUUCCCAAAAAAUCUCAGCUUUUUAGCUGAUGAAAAUCUUCACUCGGCGCUGGGAUUUGAUUAUCAUCGAUACUUUGUUCAAUAAUCAAGGAUAUGCCGUGGCCUUAUACCAUAAACAGCACUAUGGUACCCCUUACAUCAACUAUAUGACAUCGCAUAUUUUUGAGCCCGAUGCGAUUUGGAAUUCCAUGGGUAAGAUCGCUCUAUCUCAAUCAACCAAACACUGAUCGAAAAUCGGCCAAGAAACAAAUAAUUUGGCCAUUUUUGGGACAAAACAAAAAUCACAAUUUUAGGCCGCUCUUGGGCCGCGAAACAGAGCGUUUUCACCCCGAUUCCGAGGGAUUCGGAUGACGUUUUUGAUGUGAAAAAAUUCUCUCAUCGACUGACCACAGUUGCCGAGAACACCUUGGAAUUUGUGCUGUUUAAUUUCGCGCCAGCGGCAAUGUUUUCCGCCAUCCGAGAGCUGGGAGUGAAUGGGUUUUCGUUUCAAAAAUUGAGGACAGAAGGAUCGCUCUACAUUAGCGACGGAUUCACAGCGUUUGAUACGGCUGCAGGUAAGGGUUUUUUGUUGGAAAUGUUCAUUAUUUUCCCGACAGACUGGUAUAUCUAAUGUAAAUCAUCUUCUCUUUAGAAGCCUAUGACUUCCGUUCGGUGGGCGCUUACUGUGCAAAAGGAGAUCCCGUCACCGGGGAAUUGAAGGCUUUCAUGGAAGACAAGACGUCCAAAGGUUAGAUCGGGGAAUCUGAAGAAAAUCUACGGAAAAGUGGAGAUUUCAGGCCCAAGAUUUUCGAAAAUCUUUGUGGACGAGAGAGUACACGAUAUGUAGAGGGAGGUCAGAGAGAAAAACACUUUUUGGCCUUAUCCUUGCCAGUUUUUGUGCGGAAAAAAACAAUUUUUUGUGGAAAUAUAAUCCUUUAUAGUACAAAUAGGUAAGAAACUUUUCAUACCAGAUCCAGUGGCAAAAAACGUACCAUUUUGCAUCUGGGAAGCAUCAAAAAUGUAGCAAAAUACCUCCCUCUCCAAGUUUAAGGCUCCGAUUUCAAAAGCGUGCUCUUCAAAACGGAGUUUUUUCACUUGGAGGGGGGAGCAUUUUGCCACAUUUUUGAUGCUUCCCGGAUGCAAAAUGAUACUUUUUUUGCCGCUGGAUCACGUCCGUCACUGUACUUUUCUCGGGAAUAUGUAGACAUGACUCGCCCGCAAGGACUGUUUUACCUCGGCCGAGCUAAGACCUACAGAAAUUCAGACGUGGCCUCUGCAUAUCGUAUGUGCAAAAUUUCAUCAAAAUCUGAGCGUCUCACUUGUGGUACUUCCGUUGUAAACUAACUCACCAUUUCAGGCACAAUCUACCUCGCCUUUGGCUCCGUGGUUCAAUGGUCCGCCGCCCCGCAACACACUGUCAACGCCCUCUUCUCGGCACUCAACAAACUCACCGACUAUCGGAUAAUUGUUUCGUCGAAAUCGGACAUCCAUUUCGACCUAAAACCCCAUUUCAAGAUCGUCUCAUGGGCGCCUCAAGUCGGGAUUCUGAAUCACAAAUCUACGGUGAUGUUCAUCUCCCAUGGUGGAAUAAAAAGUGUGAAAGAGGCGAUUUGCUCGGCAACUCCGACGGUUUUCUUCCCAUUAUUCGCGGAACAGGCCGGAAAUGGAAGGCAAUUGGCGAAGAAGAAGGUGGCCGGGUUGAUUAACAAGUUCACAAUCAGCGAGCACAACGUGGCCAAGGAAGUGAAUAAGGUAUGUUGAAGUAGCUUAUAAAGAGUUUUUUUGGGGUAUCUCAAAUUUAUCAGUCUGUCGGGAAAAUAAUGGGCACACUGUCGCUACGCCAAUCGCAUCGCUGAAGUGUUGUUUCUUCCGCGACACAAUUCAUUUUCUCUGCGGCAACGCGAUUUUCGAUGCGACAGAGUGCUCAUUAUUUUCCCGACAGACUGAUCGAAAGCUCUAAUCUAUGUUUUCAAAAAAUUUUAUCGAAAAAUUACCAUUUUCCUUCAAGAAUUUGCGAUUUUCCGACAACAAGUCUCAUUUUAGACAGUAACUUUUUCACAAAAAAAAAACGAUUUUCAGAUCCUCACGGACCCCUCCUACCAAACACGUAUGAACAAACUCCGUGAGCACUACAAGGCGGGCCCGAUUUCCAACUUGGAGAUGGCCGUCCAUUUGACGAACCGCAUCAUCAAAAAGAACGGCAAGAACACGUGGUUCAAGCGGAAGGGAAUCGAACUCUCUUGGGUCCAGUACCUCUAUCUGGACUUGUUCAGCAUCGUAGCUGUAGCGCUUUAUAUUGUUGUCAAAAUGGUGAUCUUGGUGGCGAAGAAUACGUAUUCCGGAUUGAAGAAUUGUAAAGUCUUGUAA